AUGAUGUCACGGACCGUUGAGCUCGAGCGUUGUAUCCUGCGCACCAAAACGUACGAAGCAUACAAGAAUGUUCUGCAGCAGAGCACAUCCAUGACCGAUAACGCGCAGUCGUUAGUGAACACCUUAAUUCAAACACAUGGUGAGAUACACCUUGGCGAGAAGAUUCCAUCCGGUGAUGGUCGUCCUGUUGAGUUCGUGGUGGUUGACUUGGUUCCUGCAACAGUCGGUACCUUAACAGAAUCGACUACUGUUAUUGUCCUUCCACCUUCCUCGGAUGGGAAGGAGCUGCCGCCUACCGCUGCCAUGGGAACGACGGGGAGCUCCGCUGAGGGCACCGGCGCCGAUGGGGUGAGUACAAAUAAUGAAUUGGAGAGAGGCGGUAUAUGUUCCGUUAGGUUAGACUACUCGCUUUCGGGUUCCUCCACGGCUGCAUCGGAGGCUUUUCUUCUAAGCACACUUCUGCAAGACGGCAGUAUUGUGUGUGUGGGCGACGAGGAAUACACGACUGCGUUUACACUCGUGAGGCAAAGGGAUGACCCAGUGCCUACGACAGAGCAGCAGGAGCAAGCAGAAACACAACGAAGAAAACAGCAGUGCGAUACGCUACCCACCUUGUAUGCUUCACCAAGUGUCUUUCGCAACAUUCGGGCCUUUCUCAUGCUUGACGUGCUUCCUACAAUCAUGAAAUCGCGUUUCCAAUACAAUGAUGAUCAGUUGUGUGUACCUGUGUCGCUUUUUCGAGAGGUGCACAACGGAAGUGGCGCCCCAAUAACUAUUGAGGCGGUUAGUAGCGGAAGCCGAAAGGAGUUGCAUCUAAGUGCUGUUGCAGUUACACCUGCAUGGCCGGUGUUUAUUUUAACGGAAGUGUUUGGUGAAAGCUACGAAACUCUUCUCACCGCAACUCUAAAAGCUUCCGAGAGAGCCCUUCAUGGGCGGAUUGUAGCUGAGGGGGAUGUUAUUGUUCUUUCUGUCACCCCGACUCAACUUGUUGAAAUGCAGUUAGAGCCUAAUACUGCUGUGGAGGCGGUGCUGGUGCAGGUUAUCCAUGCUGUACAGAGCGGUUGUGCCCUACCAGCGGUGGUUACAUCUGUGCUGCACGACGGCGCAAUCGCUAUCCCCUUCCGAGUUCUUGAAGUGAACACGCUGUCAGGCGCUGCAUACGGCCGCAUUGAGCUAGAAGACAAGGGCAACGGUACGGAGCUGCUCUUGUUAUUACAAAAUGCUCUGGCUUCUCCCGACACUACGCCGCUCUUUCCGCCCCCUCCCACCCCUCCGACGUUCUUCCCACAGCUGUCUCUGACAAUGAACAUCCGCAGCGCAUUGGAGCGUUGUUACGUGCCAAGCAAUGCAGGCACCACCAGUGUGUUUGUGGUGCAUGCAACUAAGGAAAACUUGCCAGUUGAGUGUGUUUCGAUGGUUAUGGCACUUCUUGGCGUGGAGUGUCUUCUUGUUGACAUGGAACGGAAGAGCGACGAAGAAGUGCAGAGGCUUCUGGGGGCGUAUAUGAGCUGUUCUGGGGAAGUCGCUCUGGUUAUUCGUAAUGCGCAGAAGCUUGAUCAACGCACCGAACUGUUGCGCUUGUUUGACGCAGACAACUCAGGCAAUGGAGUUGAUGGCACUUGUAGCGACGGUGAUUGCUUAAAUGGUAUUCGUGUCAUAUUUCUUGUUUGUGAGUGCGUGGAAGCUCCCCCACCUGCAGUGGCUGCGCAGGCGCGCAACGUCGAGGGGGUGUUGAAGGGUACACAUCCUUCUGAGAAGGAUCGUCGCUUCAUCGUUGAAAAUAUUUUCACAGGAGCCCAGCGGUCCCGUGGCUUUUGCAAGAGUUUACUACUAUCAUUUGAUUCUGUUGCGUCGUGGACCGUUGGUCUAAGUACCGUCGAUGUGGUGGCGUAUGCUGAAGAAUGCGUGUCUGUCUUGGCGUCCAUGUCACUUCCGGACGGCGUUCUACCGGUUCUAUCCGAGUCCCUGUGCAGCAGCAUUUUGGAAAAAUUUCAGAAGGCUCACGGACACAAUCUGGUGUCAACAAAACUACAACCUGUACGCUGGAGUGAUGUUGGUGGUCUCGAGGACGCCAAGCGCGAGUUGCGUGAAAUGAUUCAACUGCCGCUGCUCUACCCGGAGCUGCUGGGAAACGGUGGUAACGCAAAACAUGGGGCCGGCAUUCUUUUCUACGGCCCGCCCGGCUGCGGCAAGACGCUCUUGGCGAAGGCCGUAGCCACCGAAAUGAACAUGAAUUUUAUGGCUGUGAAGGGCCCCGAGUUGAUCAAUCAGUAUGUCGGUGAAAGUGAGAAAAAUAUACGUCUACUGUUCCAGCGUGCGCGCGACAACUCGCCGUGUAUUAUAUUCUUUGAUGAACUGGACGCAUUGGCUCCGGCGCGUGGAGCCAAAGGUGACGCCGGUGGAGCAAUGGAUCGCGUCGUGGCACAGCUGCUCGUGGAGGUUGAUGGUGUUGGCCACAGUCGCAGCGAUGGAACUGCAGCCGGGAAGGUGUUUAUUAUCGCCGCCACCAACCGCCCAGAUUUGCUUGACCCCGCACUACUGCGGCCCGGCCGCUUUGACAAACUUUGUUACCUAGGUAUUCCUUCCACACGCAGUGAGCAAUUGGUUGCAUUACGAGCACUGACACGCAAAUUUCACCUCGCUGAAGAUGUUGAUCUGGAAGCUCUACUGCAGCCAAUGACUUUGGAUUACACAGGCGCUGAUCUGUUUGCAUUGUGCUCUGACGCUAUGAUGUUUGCGGUCGAGGCUAUGCUGCAGGAAUCUCUAACUUUUAACGAGGAGGGUUCCCCCUCUAUGCUGGCAGAGCCGGCUAAAAACUUGGUCGUCCGCAUGAACGACUUUGUGAGGGCACGUGACCAACUGAAGCCAUCGGUGACUGCUGAAGACCUUCGCCGAUACGAAAGCCUUCGCACCAAAUUUACCGCUAAUUCGGGUCGUGUGGCUGAUUGA